AUCAUCAGUGCCCUGAUGAUCAGUGUACAUGAGAGGAGAGCUGGUAAUCGGCAUUCCUCGGCCCCAUCAGUGCCACCUGUCAGUGUCCAUCAAUGCCACAUAUCAGUGCCCAUCUGAGCUGCCUUUCAGUGCCAACUGUCAGUGCCGCCUACAAGUGCCAUAUGAGUACUGCCUUUCAGUGCCCAUCAGUGAUGUCUGUCAAUGCCCACUAGUGAUGCCUGUCAAUGCCCAUCAGUGCCACCUACCAGUGCCUCUCCAUAAGUGCUCACCAGUGCAGCCUAUCAGUGCCCAUCACUGCAGCCUCAUUUAGCGAACAUCAGUGAAGGAGAAAAUUACUAAUUUACAAAAUUUUAUAA